AACCAGCAGGUGGUUUUGUCCCCUCAGCAGGGGGCAGCAGGUGGAUGAUGAAGACAUAAUUGAAGAUGUCGGCAGACUUCCUGACUCUGUGGUGGUCGAUCGUCGGAGCUCUGACAUCAUCGAACGACUGACAGAGAAAAAAAGCCAAAAACACAAAGAAGCUCUGAAACAGCUGGAGGCAGAACUCGCACACCUCACACAGGUGUGUGAGACUCAGGUGAGGACCGUCAGUGUGGAGUUGCUGUCCUCUCUGCAGGACGUGGACCUCAGAUUGAACACCCUGAAGGACAGAAUGGAACACCUGGAACCCGUCAGUGUGCGGGAGGUGUGUGUUCUCUGGCAGGAGGUGGAGGAGGAGGUGAAGCUGAAGAAGUUCAGAAUCGUGGAGCUGAACCACAAACUGACCGAAUCUGAGACUCAACGCACUGACAAAAUCAGAGUUGUGCUCAGGAAGAACCUCCACCUGCUGGGGAAGAUCAGCUUCCUACCUCCACCUGACGUCUGCAGGCUGAUCCACACUGAGGCCACGAUGUUGAAUCAGUCUCUUUUGGCGAACCGGCGCAGCGUGGCUCGUCUGCUGCUGCUCCUCCAGGAGGAGAACCUGCAGCAGGAGGCGCUCCUCCGUCUGCACUGGGAGGACUGCCUGAGCCGCUGGAGGAGGGGCAGAGUCACCCAGGUAAUAGACGGCUUCAGGAGUCUGUGUAGCAGUGAUGAGGAACAGCUGGUCUCAGGUCAGCUGGAGAUGAAACGAGAUCUGACAGAACAACGUGAAGACAUCGUCGAUAAGAUCUGGUCUAUGGUCCCGCCCUCCUGUUCCACUGCUCUGGUCUCUGAUUGGUUCAACCAGCUGACAGCUGUGAAUCAACUGAUCGACGGUCUUCAUGCUGACUUCCUCUAUCAGCUCCAUUGUUGUUAUGAACAGAAGUGGCAGGAUCGACUGGCUGAGGUGGAGCGCUGUGAGGAGGCGCUGUCUGCUCUGCAGCUGUCUGAUGAGGAAGUGAAGGACAUUGUCAGCUCUCAGCUCCUCACUCUGAUUGGACGAAGCCAGAGUCAGGACGAAGAGCGAUUGGCUGCCUUAGAUCUGUGCUGUGACUCCGCUGCCCGUCGUGCUCUCAGUUUCAGCAGGUGUGUGUUUGUUGUGAUGCGAGGAGCAGCGCUGCUAUGGGAGACACACAGCCGCAGGUUAGAGAGCAGAGAAGAAGAUGUACAACAACACCUGCACGAGCUGAGACGCUCACAGCAGCGACACACACAGAGGAAGAAAGUGCAUCUGGAUGACCUGCUCGGGAGACUUCGUCAGGAGAGCAGCGAGGACGCUCUGAAGACGUCUCUGGACAAAAGUGUCCAAUACCUGCAGGAUGUCACACACAGCUGCAGACAGUGUGUCUCUGAUCAGGGGGACGUGUUGGACCGUCUCCCCACUCUCUACCUGGAGGAGCUCCUCUCCUACAGUCGCAGCAUCAGCUCCUUCUUCCACCUCAGCCACACCUACAGACCGGUAACCACGGCAACCACACCUACAGACACACACACCCACGCCUGCUGGUAA